UUAACAUUUAACACUGUUUUAACGUUUACACUGCACUUUAAAUUACGAAACAUUAACAGGUUGGACUAGAACAUAUGUAACGGGUUCAAGUCGGUAGCGGCAAAUGAGGACGAUUCAAAAUGACGAAGUCCCUUUUAUUAAUUUUAAGUCUUUGUUCUUGCGUAUUUCGAAAAUUGCUCAAAGAGAUGUGAGUCGUGCUAACCGUUUUAGGAAUAGGGAUACCAUGUUUUGUAUGUUGUUUAAGUGUAAUGGUUGAUUACAAUAUCCUAACUUGUCCCUACGGUUCAGUUUGACAGGAUGAUGCGAAGCAUUGUGACCAGUGAUUGUACUACGUACAAGCGAUAGGUUACAAGAUCGCUUAGCCAACCGGACGCAAAAAAUUCUGGCAGAUUGCUAAUUAGUUCCGAGACAAGUUAAUAAGUUCGAGGUCCCCUGGAAUCUACUCUUCAUAACAAGCAACAUGCGUAAUCAAGAUUCAAUUUAAACUCGAGGAUUCGCUGGUCUCCGACAAACUUGAAUCGGCUGAAGAAUUUUGGGGAGGUGUGGGGUGGGAUGGUGGUAUAACGAGCGCAACUAACUCUGCCAAGUUCAAGGGGUCUUUGAAGAUGCCGUUUGCGGGGUGAUGGGUAAACCGAAGAUAAGGAUGUACUGUAUGAGGGGUGAUGGACAAGACCGAUGCUCAGCUGAAAGCGAUCGACGUUAGGCUACGGGAAUGAUCAGUGCGUAAAAUGAAUAAAUAAAACAACUUCAAUGCAAUAUCUCUUGUGAUACCAUCCGUGACUCGAAGCUGGUCCACAUUCUGCAGGAGUCGCUCGGUGGAAAUGCACUUCGAUACGAUCGGGAAAAGCGGAACUGGAAAGACGGCGCGCGGGUAUAGUCGUCAACGAGGAGUAGUUUGACCUAGAAGAUGUGAUGAAGACCAGAAAACCGAACGAGGAGAUUUAUUUGUCAAAUCAGUAGUUGAUUUGUCCGUGACGGCCACUCCCAAUGGUUUGACGGUGGCCGUGUCGAUCAACGCCGGCGAACUGGCCGCGCCGGAGCAGGAACGUGUGCGACUGUAACAGAAAAUGGACAAUGAGGACGAGCAGAUCAACCAGCAGUCGCAGUACAUGGAAAAGCUAAAAGAGCAGAUCACGAACGUGCCUCGACCAGCUUCGUAAUGUUCUCCGGCAUGUCCAAACUCUUCGUACUGACGUCCGCAAGUUAACGUUGUACAGCGUCAACAGGCGCGCCAACCAGUGCACCGUCCUGCCAUGCUGCAAAUCCUCCACCAUAGUAAUGGGCUGACCAUUCCGUUCCGAUUUCCUUCCUGAUGGUGAAGAUGUCCAGCAGGGCUUGCGUGGGAUGUUCCCCGAUACCGUCGCCGGCGUUGAUCAACGGCUUUCGGCAGAUGUGGGCCGCCUUCGAGACCGCUCCCGAUUCCGGAUAUCGCAGCACUACCACGUCCGAGCAGCCAGCCAUCACGAGGAUGCUGUCCUCGAGGGUCUCGCCCUUCGUGACGGGGAAGCUCGUUUCGUCCAUGUAGAUAACGCGACCUCCGAGACGUUGCAUGGCCGCUAUUCCGCGUGCUGUCCUCGUAGAAAAAAGAACGCGCAGCAAGUUGUCCAACAGAAGAUCUUUCGUUGUACGAUCUCGCAUCGUUUGCGCCACGUUGAAAAUCUCGAACAUCGAAACGCUGAGCAUGAGCUUGCCGGCCAGGGUUCUUUCCUUCGGAGUCAGGCUAGCGGCCAGAAGGAGGACGUCCUUGCCGUAGUUUCUGGUAGAGUCGCAGCAGAUUCGAAGAAGUGGAGAAGUUGGGUGGUUGUUGGCCGUCGUUUUCCCAGAAAAAGUGAUGGGUCGUGUCCAGCAGGAUCUUCCUCAGCGUCAGCAUGUCCAGCCCGUCCAAAGAUCCGUUGUUCUUCUCGACAGACGGGACCACCGUCGGUUUCUUAAGGUACCAUUCACGCAUGUUUUGGCCAUAGCCCGGAUUAGCGAGAACGUCCACAAACGAGCUUUAUGCCAGCGUACGGCGACCAGCGAGCUUUGGAGUGAAAACUCCGGGAUGGUCCACUCUUCGUUGAAAUCAACCUCGACGUAGUUGUUGGGUUGUGCCGGGAGGCCGAAGAUCCGCUUGGGGUUCUUGUAGAACUUGGUGAUGAGGUCUUCCAGCGAGAGGCAACCCUCGUUGACAGCGGUCACUAAAGGCGGUAGAAUCGUUUCUAAUCCUAGUCAAGAUCCGGUCAGGACCCAUCGUAGCGGUAAACUUUUUCGCUGAUGCGGGUUGUUCGCCCGGAGUUGGCAGCCAUCCGGCUGCGGUUUAGUCAAGAACGGCCCAUUUGUGUUGCUAGGGGGGAAGCCCGUCAAAACCACCCAACUUCUCCAAUUCCUCGAAUCACUCCGAAGGAACGAACCCUGGCCAGCAAGGUCAUGCUCAGCGUUUCGAUGUUCAGCAACUCAACAAGAUCUUCAACGUGGUGCAAAAAAUAAAAAGGAUUUUAGUGUUUGUAAACAUUAAUUUUCAAAUGUAAACAUUGCUGUUCAAUCAGUGUUGCAAGUCGAUUUUAUUUUGUGGGAAAACCGAGGGGUCUCUCGAUUUACCGUGACUUUGAUGGCUCACGGCGAUUUCACGGGAUUCACGGCGGGACCAAUUUGGAAUCAAAUUUUUCCUCCGAGUGUCUUGUCGUGUCGUCGAUACAACUUUACCUCCAGACUAUGUUCUUGUAUCCCUCGACGUGGUGUCCCUCUUUACCAACGUGCCAAAACUACUUGUUGCCCACGACCUGAUUAUGUGCUGGCAAGACAUCCGCAAGGUAACCAACAUGGAUCUCUCCACACUGCUAGAGAUGGUUGAGUUCUGUCUGGACAACAGCUAUUUCUGCUUCAGGGACAAGAUCUACAUACAGACGUUUGGAACGGCUAUGGGCAGCCCCGUUUCACCCAUUCUGGCCGACUACGUCAUGGAGAUCCUACUACUGAACGUCAUCAACAAACUGGACUUCGAAAUACCGCUUAUUUGUAAAUAUGUAGACGAUUUACUUCUAAGUUUACCCAAAGACAAAAUCCAACAAACUCUUGCGACAUUCAACGCCUACAACCCCCAUCUGCAGUUCACCAUGGAAGAGGAGGUGGACAACAAAAUCCCAUAUUUGGACACCCUGGUGAUACGCAAUCCGGACCAGACACUGGCCACCCAGUGGUACGCGAAACCCAUCGCGUCUGGAAGAUUGUUGAACUUCCAUUCGUUCCACCCACUCAGCAUGAAGGUAAACCUAGCGUACAUCUACAUCAAGCGAGUCAAAACUUUGACCACAAACCAAACACCGCAAGAGCUGAAGCAGAUCAUCUUUAAAAACCUACGGCUGAACGACUACCCGGCCGCACUGAUCAACAGGUUGGUCAACCAGGUACAAAACUCAGCUGAGCCACCAAACAACAGGACAGCAGCCGUCUUCAACAACACCCAGGUACAGCAAGGUACACAAUCUGCAACAACACCAAACUCGAACACCACCAAUCCGCCAGAAGCCGCAGUUUUCCGAUCCCUACCAUACAUUCCAACACUCACUCCUGCCCUCACCAGUGUCCUGAAAAAAGAUUUCCCAAACGUUAAAAUAGCCCAAAAAUCCAUCCAAACCACCUCGCAAAUCCUAAAAAACGUCAAAGAUCCCGUGAAUCCACUCCAACAGUACAAUGUCAUCUACAGUAUACCGUGUGGAAACUGUGACAUGUCGUACAUCGGUUUGACAACAAACCAGCUCAAAAAUAGAAUUUCUGGACAUCGAGCAAAUAUCAACAAAUACCAAAAACUUGUUGAAGGGGGGAUCACUAACACUGAUGUGCAGUUGGCCAGACUGGGAGAAAUUACUGCUUUACUUGAACAUACAAUCAACUACAAACAUGAUUUUGAUCUCACCCAGGUCAAGAUCAUUGAUAAAACAUUUAAACCCUCUGCUUUAUCAGUGUUGGAAAUGUGUCACAUCGCCAAUACGGACAAGACGGUCAACCGCCGUACUGACGUAUAUGGCCUAAGUAACACAUACUCGGGGAUUCUACACACUAUCAAACCAUCUGUAACACGAAGAAACAAUCCUCUCUCGGAUAUCUCCAACCACACACAAACCCACCGUUGGGAUCAUCUAAGUGAUACCCACCGCCACACCAUAUUGUAUGAAAGCUAAACCUUGAGCUAAACCCGUGCAAAGUUGGGAUAGUGAACAGUGUCGUUACCGGGAUUUUGAAUUUGUUCUCGGUUAUGAAGAAUUUCCAAUUUGAUUAAAAGAUUCGUAGUUAAACGUGCCAUAGUUUAACCAUAGACUAAUUAAUGACUAAACACUCGGAACAAAAAAUUUCAAAAAUUAUGACUCAUAAGCUGUGAACCGCGGGUACCACGUUGAACCACGCAUCGGCUUGCCCCUCGUAUGACAGAACGACAUGGCAGCGCUGGUUUUUUUCGAUUUCGUUUUGUGCUUAUUUACGCGCGCAUCUUGUUUGUUUUUGUUUUUCUUAGCAAUCAAGGCAGCAGGCUGCAAACAAGUCAAUCAGCUGUGCAGGGAUUUUUGUUUGGCGAAACAAGCGAAAUUUACUGGUGUUUGGUUUGUAAGAUGAUUGCUGUUUUCUCAUCAUUCCUCGCAAGCCAAAUCUGUUCAAUACGAACUGCUCGAUCGUCCGCGACCUCGCCGCCGGAUGAUUGAAUCACCUCGAUGGUAACGAUUGCCUUCCGGAGUUUUGGGCCCGAAAGAGCGUGUUAGGCAUUUCGACGCUGCACAUUAUCCGUGCCAACAAGUUCAUCGGUGAGGGUGUCGACUUCGGCGGGCCAACAUUCCGGUCAUCGGAGGCCACUCCGGCAAGACCAUUAUCCCAGUGAACCCCAGAGCUUCCCAACAAGAUUGCCGCCCUGACGGCACGCAUUUAGGAGGUCCUCAAGGCCAAGGCCGGUGCCGGAUCGGCCACGUUCACGACGGCCUACGCCGCCGCCCGUUUUGCCCUCGCCUAACCAUGGUCUGCCCAAGGUGAACGCCUACGGGCUAGAGCUGCUAAGGACAUUCCGGAGCUGAAACAAACAUCCGGAAGGGCAAGGAGUUUGUCAAGAAGAACUUUGUGAACAAAAAAAGUGAAUUUCGAUCAUGUUGAAAAAAA